AUGCUUGCUGACAUAUUGACCUCGUCUGGCGCUCUCUUGAUCGUUGCGUCUGUGGUAGCUUUCACGCUGCUAUGUGCUGCAUGUGCGGAGAUCUUUUGCCCAGGAUUGCUGCCAAGAUACUUCCAAGAUAUUCUCUCCCAUGUCAUCGAUCUCUACCUCUGCCGUCGAUAUCCCACCAGGAAUGAACACGGUGCCGAAAUACCAACGUGCGCCUAUGUAUGRCCGAAUGGACAAGGGGACGUCRCAAAAUUCCUCGAAGGAGCUGAGAAUUCUGCAAUAUGGGAGAAAUCACAUGGCCCUGUAUAUCGAAUCUGGGCAGGAAUGUCUCCCGAGGUCGUUUUGACACGGCCUGAACAGCUGAGGGCGGUGUUUGCUGACUCGGACAAACACUCCAAGGCUCUCAACAACGACUCUGGAUACUUGAUGAGCCAGCUGUUGGGCAAGUGUGUUGGUCUGAUCAGUCCACCUUCUUGGAACAGGGUUAGGGCGGCCACCGAGACGCCUUUCUCUCACGGCUCCGUCAUGUCUCGCGUUCAUUCCAUACAGCAUCUCGUCGAAGAUCACUUUGCAAUGCUCUAUGAGAAGUCGGACCUCAGUCGUGGCUUGAUCCAUCCCGCACAAGACCUGAAGAUGCUGCCUUUCUGGGUGGUCUGUGAUAUGUUCUAUGGCUCUCUCCCAGAGGAGAUGAAGACAAGAAUUGGUGAUCUCGCCUCACCUCGAGAGCAGCUGAUGAAGUAUGUCAUCCGUGGCGGCUUUUCCAGGUUCUCCUUUUCGCAAUGGCUGCCGACAAAAGCCAAUCGGGAGUUGAAUGACUUCAAAGUCAAGUGGAAGCAACUCAACCUGGACAUUGCCUCCUUUUGCGAGACACAUAGCCAGGACUCGCCUAUCCUCGCGAUGUGGGAGAGCGUGCGUCAAGGGGUUAUGACGGAAGACCAAUUGCUACAGACUCUGGAUGAGGCUUUGUUCGCCAAUCUGGACGUAACAACAGGAGGUUUGUCUUGGAAUCUGGUCUAUCUGGCCGCUUAUCCAGAGGUGCAGAUGAAGCUUCGAGCUGAGGUUGAGGAUGCCGUUUCAUCGAACAAACUGACAGAGUACCUGCAAAAUUCAACAACAUUGCUACAAGCUUGCAUCCUGGAAUCAAGUCGCUUGRAGCCACUGGCGGCAUUUUCGGUCCCUCAGUCUGCUCCAACUGACCGAGUGGUGGAGGGCUAUGUGAUUCCUGCCCACACAAACUUCGUCGUGGAUUCCUAUUCGCUCAACAUGAAUAAUGAUUACUGGGGACCAGACAAUCAUACGUAUCGGCCGGAGCGAUUUCUUCAGAGAAAUAACACAGAGUUGAGAUACCUGUUUUGGAGGUUCGGAUUUGGUCCGCGACAAUGUAUGGGCAAGCAUGCCGCCGACCUAAUUAUUCGGGCCACUUUGGCUCAUCUGAUGCAAAACUACACGCUUUCUAUGAUCGGAUCACAGGACGAGUGGGUACAGGAUAAGGAAUCAUGGAUCACUCAUCCAGAUUUUCAGAUUACCUGUGAGCGACGCAAGUAG